CCACCACCACCACCAUACACACCACCACCACCACCACCAUACACACCACCACCACCACCACCAUACACAUCACCACCACCACCACACCACCACCACCUUCUGCGAUGA